GUUGCGAUCAUUUAUUGGCGCAAAACUGUAAACAAUAUAUAAAUAAUUGUUUUUAAGUUAUUAUUAGUUUAUUAUUUGUUUCGGUGAUUACGAUGAGUGCUAUUAAACGGCGAACAAACGGUAGCGGCGGUGGCCAAAAGGGAUGUCGGGCUAUGGCACUCAUUUCGGUGGCCAACGAUUGCCUGAACCCACUGUCAAAGAUUGUUGACCAGACGUUGUUGUCGUACCGCGAGAAUCAACUGAAUCUCGAUCUUGAGUGUCAUCGAUGGCCAGAAAUGGACGACCAAUGCCAGCAAUGGAUCAUACAAUUGACUGAAGAUAAUAUGAAGACCUAUUACGAUGAAAGUUCAAACGGUUGGUCCAGAAGUAACAAACUGAAAGAAUUUCGCCAUAAAACCAGUCGGCAUCUGGUCUUAAGGUGUGCGGACACCCGACGAUUGAUAGCUUUUGUUCACUUUCGGUUCGAGGUCGGCGGUACCGAUUCCGAAUCAGCGGUCUACUGUUACGAAUUGCAAGUAGUGGCCAGUCAUCAACGGUUAGGUAUUGGUCGCUAUCUCAUGUCGUGUCUCUAUGCCAUUGGCCGGGCAUUCAAUAUGCAUAAAGUUAUGCUAACUGUUUUCAAACACAACACCAUUGCCAUGGAUUUCUAUGCGAAGACAUUGAAGUACCGAAUAGAUAGGUCGUCGCCGAGUCGGUGCCAAAUGAACGCCGACUAUGAAAUACUUUGUCUAACUGUUGAUAAAAAGGGUCCGCAAAUUGAUAAAUAAUAUCAACAACUGUUUUGAACAAUAAUAUCUUGUAAUUGUUUCCAAUA